AUGUCGAAGUCGCAAGAAGAGCGCAUCGAAAGUGCAAUUCAGUCAUUGCUAGAACGGCUCGUGCCCGCACAGCAACCCGGCGAAGCUGAAGAACGCGCCGACCAAAGAUGGGAAGACGCAAACACCGCAACGACUGAAAUCCUCUCGAGCGCGCCGACUAACCAGCUACCCGCCGACGACGUGCCCCAGGCGGCGGACUUGAUAAGAGCCAAGCUACUGCGCGAAAACGCAAGUCCUGAGAAGGCGGCUGCGUUCAGUAACCUGUAUUCGCGAUUGCUUGCGCAGCCAGUGCUGAAUAACAAAUGGCAAAUCCUCUACUUCUUGCUGAAAGUGAGUGAAGGCGAACAGACCAACGGGUAUGGACAUGGGCAUGAUGAGCAUGGACAGGAGGAAGGCAUGCUGCAGGUAGAUCAGUCGAUCCAACGGCAGGAUAGCGAAGCCGAGCUCUACGAGGAGAAGAAUGAAGUCUUCGACGAGGCGUUUGCUAGAAAUGGUCUCCCUAGGGUCCCGACAGACAGCACAAGCACUCGGACGCCAACGAGAGAUAGAGAGAAGCCUGUGCCGACAAGACCGCGCCCCCAACAGACACAAGUGGCUUCUGCUCCUGUACCGAAUUCUCAGCCUAGGAAAGCAAUGGACGGUCUCGAGCCCGCGGAGUCUGCUCUCUUGCGAGAUCUGCCCUUCACCUUGCAAGGCUUGUCAUCGACGCACUUGCCCUUCGCCGACAAGAAGUCUUUGCAGCUUCCCACCACUCUGCCUGUGCCAAUUAUAGCCCUUCUCCACCAGCUUGCCGAACCUUCUCUGCUUUACAAGUCGUUGGCAGAAUUUAUAGAGUCGCAGGAAGGAGGUCUUGUUGGUCAAAGUCUGCGUUCGGCCAUUGGACAGGAAUUACGUUCCUACUUGAGCCUCGUCGCGACCUUGGAGGGUCAAAUACGACGAGCGCUCGCGCAACUAGACGAGAACGCGCCCGAUCGUGGCUUGGGCAAGGCAGGCGUGACACUCAAGCGAUGUGUGGUCUGGACUCGAGAGGCGACUCUUGGUCUGCGGCUCAUGAGUAUGAUGGUUGAAGCUGUGCGAGGCAAGAAGGGCGGCGAGCUGAUCACACUCAUUCACAACUUCUCAUCGCAACAUGGAGAUCCUUUUGUCCACAGUUUCGCAGAAAGACUGCUUCCGCAGAUUACGAGGCCAUUCUACCACAUGCUGCAAGCUUGGAUUUACAAUGGCGAAUUGGAAGACCCUCACAAGGAGUUUUUCGUCAUUGAGAACCACGACUACGAAGACGGCGGUGCAACUAGUGUCUGGCAAGACAAAUAUCGCGUGCAAGAGAACAUGAUACCAUCGAUCACUGCGGCAGAUUUUGCAACGCGAGUCUAUCUGAUAGGCAAAUCCUUGAACUUCAUCCGCUAUGCCUGUGGAGACAGCGCUUGGGUGGAGUCGUACAGCAAAUCCGCGACGCGAGAGCUGAAAUAUGGCGACACGGCAACAUUAUCUUCUAGCAUUGACGAGGCUUACAAAACUGUCAUGGCGCGUCUGAUGACACUCCUCGAGUCGAAAUUUGCACUGUCGUCACAUCUUCGCGCCAUGAAGAAAUAUCUGUUGCUGGGCCAAGGUGACUUCAUAGCCUUGCUCAUGGAAUCCUUGGCGCAAAAUCUGGAUAGACCGGCGAACAGCCAAUAUCGACAUACCUUGACAGCGCAACUAGAGCACGCCAUUCGCAACUCAAACGCCCAGCACGAUAGCGCCGAUGUACUUAGGAGGUUAGACGCUCGCAUGUUGGAGCUGAGCCACGGCGAAAUAGGCUGGGACGUUUUCACUCUCGAGUAUCGCGUUGAUGCUCCUUUAGACGUUAUUGUCACGCCAUGGGCAGGCAGGCAGUAUCUCAAGGUGUUCAACUUCCUCUGGCGUGUCAAGCGCGUUGAGUUCGCCCUUUCGUCAACUUGGCGGCGACUACAGACGGGUGCUCGAGGCGUUUUGGGCGCGGUGGGCGAUAAACUCGGAGCCGACUGGAAGGUCGCAAGGGGUCGGCUUGCAGAGAUGAUUCAUUUCAUUGAUCAAUUGCAAUACUACGUCCUCUUCGAGGUGAUCGAGAAAGGAUGGGCAGAUCUGCAAAAGAACAUUCGCAAGCCGGAUGCCACGCUGGACACACUCAUCGACGCCCACGCAGAGUAUCUCCGCAAUAUUACGCGGAAGGGACUGCUAGGUGCCUCGGGCAUGGUCGGUCUCGAUUUCACGACACAGUUGCAUGAACUGUUCAAAUUGAUGCUCGCAUAUCGCGACUCGUUGGACAGCCUAUACUCUUACAGCGUGGCCGAGUUUACUCGGCGUCAGGAUCUGGCCGCUCGUAUCGAGACACGUACCAGAGCAGGAAGAUGGGGUAUUACUGAGGCCGACGAGGAUACAGCGCAACAAUCACCGCUCUUCCCCAGCUCCAGCUCCACGCGAUCCAGACUACGCGAGCGUGAGACCGAUUCUCCUAUCCCGCCUUUAUUGCCGCUGCAAGGGGGUCUCGAAGGCGAACGGAAUAUGCUAGCGGCACUUCGACAACGAUUGAACAGUCUCGAAGCGGAGUUCAAGAGCAAAGUCAAUAUACUGCUUGGAGACUUGGCGUACCAACCCGAUAGCGACAUGCGAUUUUUAGCGAUCGCCAUGAACUUUAACGAUGUGUAUACUCCGGCUAAGAGACGCCGAGCAAAGCCAGGACCAGAGAAGGACAAGACUACGAUGAGGACCGCAAGUAUUGCCACGGCGAGUACAGCUGCGAGAGCUAGUACCAGAGGAGAAGACGGCAACAGUGCCUGAUUAGGAUCUUCAGGUGCAUGGGCAACAAUCCCGGCCUGAUGCUGUGUGGUUGGCUGUAAGCAUCCUGAAGAAGCGCACGGCAUUAUCAAAGCAUUGCUUGAAUGUGGAGUGAGAUAUGACGCUUUAUUCACUUUUGUAUGAUCAGACUCCAAUGCUCAGAGGUCACUGCAUGCUAUAGAG